CUGAUCCUGUGCUUCUGGUGUCUCCACUGUCUGAUUGAUCACAAUGGAAUGUCUUAAAACGAUACACAUAAAUGAGUUUUUCUGCAGAUGUAGUUUUGAUACAAGUAUAUCAAAACCAGUCAUGAAGAAAUUACUUCACCUUCCCAAGGAGGGAUUGAUGAUGUUGUACAAAUGUAAUUGCAUUUUACAAUUACACGCUCUACAGCAAAAGAAGACGAACAUCUUCACUAUUUUUUUAAAAUUCUGUGAUGUAUUUACUAUAUAUAUAGUUUUUAUGUAAAUCUGUAGGAAUCGAAGAGAAUAUGGGAGGACCACCCACACACCCAAUUUUCGAUUUUUUUCCCCUUUAAAUCUAAACUACUUCUAAAUUGUCCAAUAAUAUGCAGCUUUCUUUAAAUCCAUUUCAGCGGGUCUAAAUAAUUUGGUUUGCUAAUAGUUUAAUCUUGCCGUGUUAAGAAGAUUAAAACUGCAUCACGGUAAUCCAUUUAAAUGUCAGUUCUGGUUUAGCACUGCAAGUGGUUUUCACAUUUCACAAUGGACGUCUAUACGAACGCGAUAAUGACUUUGUGUUUGGUAAAUGUAAUGUUCUUUUUGUCACCUCUUUCAAAGACCUCAGAAAGUGAAACAUUGAUAAAAUUUCGUAUAGAUAUUGGGCCCUGACUUUUUAAAAACACUGUUUUUAUGCAUCAUUAACUUUAGUACAUGAGUUCUUGAGCAAUGCUAUUUUUAUGGGACACCAAAUCCCUUUGAAGUUGCAAAAGAACCAAAAGCAUAAAAUGUCGGAAUGGCUUACACGGAUAGAAACAAAUAAUAUUAACUGAUCAGAGAUUUGAAAAUAUAUGUUGAAAAAUCUCAUUCAGAUGAAGUACUGUCUUUCAACAUUGGUUUUUGGUCCACAUACCCAGAUCUGACCCCGUGACUCUAUGUUUACCAACCAUGAUUCAGCUUUUGAGUGUCUUACAUUGCAGAUUUUUACUUUCCCCUCAAUCUAUUUCUGAUCAAAAGAUGCUUUACUAAAUAGAAUGUGCUUUGAUAUUGGAUUGUGUCCAAUAUGUACUGAAUUAAAGGUGAAUAUAACGAACAGUGAUCAAUUUUAUAAUUACUAUAAACAAUACAAAAUUAAGAAUAAGGCAAACACUGACCCUUGAACACACCGGAGGUGGGAUCAGAUGCUUAGGAGUAGGACGCAUCCUCUAUCGACCGGUCACACCCGCUGUAACCCCAAUAUCUCGAUCAGGUAAACGGAGUAAUCCGUAGUCCAAAUCAGCGUGUUAAGAACGGCCUAACAAUGGGUAUAAAACACGUCAGAGAGUAUUUAUCCCACUGACGGAUCGUAUUUGUAAAUUAGAUCGUUAUAAUAAUAUAAUUAAUGCGUUAAACCAACUCAAAACACUUAGGAAAGAUAAAUAUUGAACAAGAAAGAUUAUCCAACAAUUGUGCUCAUCCAAUUGUGCUCAUCGUACAUGCCAAGAAUUGUUUCACUAUCGAUUUCAAAAUUCUGUAUGCAUGCACCGAACAUGUUUUAAGCUUGAGUAGUGUGGUAUACUACUAACCUAUAUAUGAACUUUGAUUACGUUGCAGUAUUAACCAUGUUAAUCGUCUUAACACCCAUCAUGCAUACUACAUGUACAAUAUGCAAGUUAAGAUGUUAGGAUUGACAUUAGACCCAAAACACAAUAUUAAACAGGGACUGCGAUGUUUGGGGGAACAUUACUAGGAUACCACCGCCAGGUGACAGUUUCUCACUGCCUCUCCAGUAGAAGAGUACACACGCUAAAUGCAAGCUCGGGAUUCAUCUACAGUACUAGAAAAUAGAAGCAGUGAUACAACGUCUGUACGAGCAAGUUGGUUGCUGACCAAUAUGAUAGUCAAGCAUGUGGGUACAGUUGAGGAAUAAUAUGAUAUGAAAGACGACAUAGCAACUGUAAUGGAUCAACAACCGGUAAAGCUGGAUGUCGAUGAUUCUCCAGUGCAAGAAGAAAUUUCAUUUGAUGAAGAAUCAAAAGACUUAGGGGGAAACUUGAACUAUUCACGCGAUAAAGAACAUGUAUUUUCCAUGGAUGACAAUUUCGAUAUGGGUAAAGAUAACAGGAAAGGUUGUGAGGUCGAUAAAUUGGACAAAAAUAUCAUAACAGAUGACGAAUUGGUUUCUGAAGUGUUGAAGAGGAGGGAUGAUAAAAAAGCAAGAAAAGAUUCGAGAAAGGAUAGUAAUGAUGAAAAUGUAGACAAAACAAAGAAUAGUAACUAUACUGUUGAAAAGCAAGACAAAACAAAGAACACCGACUUUACUGUUGAAAAGCAAGACAAACCAAAGAAUAGUAUCUCUACUGUUGAAAACCUAGAGAAAGUAAAGAAAGAAAAGAAAUCAAAUGAUAGAAAUAAAAAGCAGGGUAGAGCUAAAGAUCUUGGGAGUUCUAAAAACAACACAACGAAAGGGAAACCUACUAACACCGAGAAACGGAAGAAAACGGAAGACAAAAAUGCACAGAAAAACAAGCAUAUCUCGAACGAAAAGAACCUCAAGGAGAAGAAAAAUGAACCUGCAGCGACGCAGAGUAUACCCAAGGAGAAAGAAAACAAUAAACGAAACUCAUUAACAGACAAUAUAUUGAAGGAUAAGGCCUUAGGACAAGGUAAAAAAGAGAGACGUAGAUCCCUGUUUACUGAAAGUACACGAAAAGAUACCAUUAGAGAGUUACCCAACAAAAUUGUCACAACACUCAGAAAGAAAAGACAAAGAAAAAUCAAAGAUGCUGUUUAUACUGAAAGUUUGAGCGAGGAAAUAAAACUUAAAAUGAGGAAAGAAUCUCGCGAUACUAGAUCGAGUCUUCUCAUGCUGGAAGAGCCAAUAAUGGAGGAAUCGGAGGAAGAAGACGAUGUGGGGAAAAUGAGAAGUUCCUCUGAGUUAAAACCGAUAACAAGUGUGAUUAUAACUCCAAGACUGGAGAGAGGGUUUUCCCACAAUCCAUUCAACAUGAGCGACCCCAGAAAUGGCGGGAUUUCUACUGAUUCCGAGGACGACAGACACUCCAUAAAUACCGAUUUCUACACCCCAGAUUUGAAUUCAAGAGAUGACAAAAUGCAGCAGACCCUGGACACGUUUAAAAAGAAACAACAGGAUAUUCAAGAAAAUCUGAAAAAGCUAGAAGGAAAGAAAGACAAAGAUGCUAAACCUAUCAUGGAAACUUUGUACGAGCAGCUGAUGGAAACGGAACAGCUGUAUCAACAGGCGCUUGGAGAGCUGAAAGAAGUUCAGGAUGACCUUGGAAAGAAAUUAGGGAAAAGGGAAGAGAAACCAACUCAGGAAGUUGCAAGAUCAGGAGGUUCAAAUUCAAGGAAACCGCAGUUAAGUCCUGACGAGCAAGAACUGACGUAUGAGCUGAAAGCUCAACUCAUGCGCAAUAUUGAAAUGCAGAACCAAAAGCUCAAAACGGAAUUAACACUCCAUGAAAAAAUGAACGAGUCAAAGAUGUUGAACCAGCAGAAUAAAAAACUCCACGAUGACUCCAGUAUGUCCCGGACAAACACACUACGUCUCAUGAAGAUGUUUGAGAAGAAGGCCAAAGAUGCUGAUGAGAAACUGAAAGAAAUGCAGCGCGAACUGCACAAAUCCCAGCAACUGACUAAGAAAUACCAGCAACUACUAGAACUGGAGAGAAGGAAAAUGGGUGGAGGAAGUGGUCAUGUAACCCCUGUAUCAACGGGAGAGGAGGGAGAAUCUCCCAGGGUUCCACAUCCUUCUUCAUACUCAUUGUUAGGUGGAAAUGUGCGGGUCAAUGAUGUCAUCAGAAAAAAUGAGGUACUUCUUGAGGAAAACGGAAACCUCAAAAGGGAAAUUCAGAGACUCAAACAAGACAAUGCCACAUUGAUAAAGAAAACCAAACAUGCCAUGACUGACAAAGACGAAAUCAUUAAAAGAAUUCAAACAUUGUAUGCAGAGAAUGCCAAGAUGCAUAGCCAGUUGUCAAAGGAGAGGUCACAACAUCGUCUGGAGACAUCUAAUAUGAGAAAUAGAACCCUUUCUAGGGAUCUAACUCGCGAGAAGUCACAACAUAACAUGUUGGCCCGUAGUUUAACACGACAAGCUUCAGAUUGGAUUAUGUUGAAGAAACAAUUAGCCCAGUUUGAUGAGGAAUAUAAAUGGAGUCAGGUCAAAACUCAAAAAGAGGAGGCUGACCAGCGGUUCGGGCGACUGCCCCCGAUUUACACAGUCAGUCCAAUGACACCAAUAACGGAGGUGUCAACAGAGUUGUCUUCCCCUGUCGCCACAUCGAUCAGUGACCGCGAGAUGGAGUUAACAGGAGACUCUGAUUUUGAGUUGGUUGGUCCAGUAAAUCCAACGGGCGCUGAAGAGAGAACAUAUCAACACCACGCCCAAAAAAACGUUUAUAUGCCACGUAAAAUGUAUCCCAAACCUAAAAGCAAUGGAGUCAUGAGUACAGAGGAGGAAAUGGAAUUCAGUGAGAUGCUCUCGGUUAAAUGUGAAUGUGGUCAGCCCUCCACGUGUACACGUGCUGUAAGCAUGUGUCGGUCACUCAGUUUUCAAAGUAAGGGUCUAAUGCAAGAAUACUUUUGUACGGGAAAUAUCAAUGAAGAGUUGUUCCAAUAUGAGCAUGUUUCAGAGUUUUUGGUGAUAUGUAAUUCCAUUAAUGGUCUUUCCGCCUUAAAACGGGUCUGCGCAAACAAGCUUCUAAAACAUUUAAACAAAGAAAAACUGUUUGAGAUUUUCGACUUGGCAGAUACAUUUGAAAUACCAGACGUUAUAAAGAAUUGUGCGGAUGAAAUUGCGAAAAAUAUUGAUGACUUUAUUGGUACAUGUGAUUUUUUAUCACUCAGAAAUUCUCAAAUGAAAGCUUUAGUAAGAAGUCACUGCUGCAAGGAAACGUUGCUACUCAGGGAUGCUCUUUAUCAAUGGUGGAAGAGCGACCCCGACACACGCAACGAGAUUUACGAAUGCCUCCGAGAACAAAUCCCGGGGAAUGUAUUUCAAACUGCGACUUCGCAGAGACAUGACUGUAAAUACUAUCUAGUUAUGUUUGCCAUAACAAAGUCAGGAGACCACCAUUUUACACAUGCAAAAGUAUUCAGCAUUGUUGAUGAAAAGGCGUAUAAAGUCAACCUGAAAGAUGUAGCUGGAAUACAUAAAGGUUACGAUACGUGCUGUUCCCAAGCAGGGCCAACAGAACCGCCGUACAUAUAUAUUUCCGGAGAGGGAAUAAAGUCUUCGAAAUUUCUAGAAUGUGAUGUCAUCAUGAAUAAAUGGAAAGUUUGUACACAUAUGAAAUACCCUCGACUUCAUCACGUGAUAGAGUGCGUGAACGGUAAUGUCUACGCUUUGGGUGGCAACACACGCAAAGGUUCCAACAUAUCUCAAAUUGAAGAGUUUGAUCGGAAGCAUAAUUCUUGGUCAGUGAUUGGACAUUUGAAAUGGAGGGUGAGUUCACCUUUAUCCAUUGUAUACAAGAAACGGAUCUAUAUCUUGGGAGGAAAGAACGAUGAUGGAGAAAAUGUAUCAGUGAUCCAGUAUAUUGAUUUGGAAGAUAAGUCUGUGGAGAUUGAAGGAUACCUACCUGUAGAAUGCUCAGGUGGAAGGGCCGUGUUGAUGGGACAUUCCAUUUUCAUUGCGACGGAACAGGGGCAAUUCAUGAAAUAUUCCAUCGAAAAAAAGCGCAGCGUUAUGCUUAAAGAUCCGCCAGAAAAACGUGUGAUGUUUGGACUCUUUCUGCGCCACAACGAAAUAUAUAUGAUUGGGGGUCGAAAUGACAAUGAAGAACAAUUAGACUUUGAUCUGGUUUAUUCCAUAAGUGACGAUUCGUGGACAAAGAUUGCUUGCAAAGGAGGGAAGAGUUUUGAAGUUUUUGGGCAAUGUCUUACGAUGGUUCCAAAUGAAGUACAAUUCUUUCCAUUUUUUUAA